AUGGGUUCUUGGGGCCGAUCUUUCGAGGGAGAGCCCCUGCCGUCGCGGCGGGAGACGAUGACGGUGCGGUCGGCGGUCGUGAGCCUCGUGCUCGGGUGCAUGCUCAGCGUCGUGGCGAUGAAGCUGGCUCUCACCUCGGGCUUCGCGCCCUCGCUCGCCAUCCCCGCCGGCUUCCUAGGAUUCUCAGCUCUUUCACUCCACCAGGAGAACACCGUCAUCCAGACAUGCGUCGUCUCCUGCACCAGCAUCGCCUUCAGUGGUUGGCACGCGGGUUUGCACAGCAAGCAAGUGGCGGCAUUGUUGAAAACUUUCGUUGGGACCGUCGCAUGGUCCAUCUUUCAAUGGUUCUUCGCCGGCGGCCGACAGUGCGGCUUCCAGACAUUCCCGACGUUUGGCAUCAACGCAUAUCGACUAGGGUGUGUAGCAACAACACGAUUAACAGUAGUACUACUUAAAAUUAAGUUGCAUACUAAUUAGUGGUUACAUUACCAUACAUAGUAUAAGAUCACCAUCUCCAUGCUCGUGGGGUCCUUGCUCUCAUGGGGGGUCCUCUGGCCUUACAUCGAGACCAAGGCAGGGGACUGGUACCCGCAGGGCCUCGACGGCGACAACAUCAGCGGCAUCAACGGCUACCGGGUGUUCAUCGGGAUAUCCAUGAUCCUCGCCGACGGGCUCCUGCACAUGUUCUCCAUCCUGCUUCGAACGCUCUACGAAAUGUACAAACAACAGUUGGCAGCAGCACACAACCAUCAGCAGCCAACGCAGAACAUCGCCGGGCAGCAGCAGCAGCAGCCGUUCCAGUGCCUCAGCCUCGGCGACAGAACGAUCCAGAGCUUCGACGACCGCCGGAGGACGCAGGUGUUCCUCCGGGACCGGAUGCCCAAUUCUGUCCCAAUCGCCGGCUACGCGGUCUUGUCGGUCAUCUCGACCGUUGUCAUACCGCACCUCUACACGCAGCUGAGGUACCACCACGUGGCCUUCGCCUACCUCAUCGCGCCGGUGUUCGCCUUCUGCAACGCCUACGGCAACGGCAUCACGGACAUGAACAUCGCCACCACCUACGGCAAGAUCGCCAUGCUCAUCUUCAGCUCGUGGGUCGGGCUCGAGGACGGCGGCGUGGUGGCCGGGCUCGCCGCGUGCGCCAUCGUGGCAUCCAACGUCUCCACGGCGUCGGACCUGAUGCAGGACUACAGGACGGGCUACCUCACGCUCACCUCGCCCCACGCUGUGUCCAUCAGCCAGGUCGCCGGGAUGGCGCUCGGCUGCGUGGCCAACCCGGUCAUCUUCUCCAUAUUCUGCAAAGUAUACAGCUACGGCGGCGCGGCCCACGACGCCAGCAACGCGAUGGGGCCGUACGCCAAGGUGUACCGCGGCAUCUCCCUGCUGGGGAUGACGACGGAGAACGGGCUGCCGACGCACACCAUGCUGCUCUGCAAGGUUUUCUUCGCGCUGGCGCUGUCCCUCGGCGUGCUCCGUGAGGCUGCGACGCACAGGGGGUGGCGGCGCGUGCGGCGGUGCGUGCCGAGCACCAUCGGCAUGGCCGUGGCAUUCUUCGUGCCGCCCACGAUCCCGGUCGGCAUGUUCGUGGGCAGCGUGGUGAUAUACCUGUGCGGGAGCGCGGACGAUGACGGGAUGCGGAUGAUGUCGCCGGCCGUGGCGUGCGGGCUGAUAUGUGGGGACGGGUUCGGGUCGCUGCUGUCGUCGAUGCUCACGCUGCUCAAGGCGCGCCCGCCGAUCUGCAUCAAGUUCGUGUCCCGACGAGAAGUGAAUGAGCGCCUCGAUGUUUUCCUAGCAGCAAGAGCCAAGCCAUCGUUGCUACGGGUAGUUGGUGUGUGUGUGCGUGUGUGUCGUACCGGGGUUAAGUGCAGUUUUGACCAUGAUGUAGUGUAA